AUGAGUAAGAAGAAUAAAGGUACGAUGAAUUUAGAAUUGUUACCUAACGAAAUUUUACUUGGUAUAUUUCAAUAUCUUCAUGGUGUGGAUCUUCUGCGUGCAUUUUAUGAUCUUAAUUAUCGCUUUAAUUUCCUUCUUCAUAAUCAACAUCGUGCAUAUUGUUUUAAUUUUAACCAUUUAUCAAAACGUACUUUCGACAUGAUUUGUCAACAACAUUUAACAUUCAUUGCUGAUCGAACUACAACUCUUGCGCUUAGUAACGGUGAAAAUACUCCAGAACAAAUUCAUUUAUUUUUCAAAUAUAUACCAUCAUUUGACAAAUUCAUUCACUUACGAUCACUUUCUUUACGUCAUUUGGAUAUCGAUACAGCAUUUAUAUUGCUUGAUGGUUAUGAAUGGAAGGAAGUUAUUCAAAACUGGUUGUCUAAUUUACGAGUAUUUAAACUCGAAAUGAUGGCUGUAUUACCAGAGAAAAAUGUUCAAAAAGAAGCCGAUGAACUAUUUGCUACAUUUCAAACUUCAUUUUGGACUGUUGAACAUCAAUGUUUUCAAGAGAAACUACAAGCUCUAUUUGAUUUAGCUCUUAAUCUACGUCGUGUUCGUAUCUAUCAAGACGAGCCAUUACCCUCUUACAUGUCAAUAUUUAAAUGUGAAUGUGCAUCAGUUCGCGAACUUUGUUUACGAUUUGAUGAACUUGGUCGCAACCAUUAUUUUAAUCAAGCCGAUUGUGUUACAUUAGCUCGUGCACCAUUAGGUGUUCAAUGUGAAGUAUUAUCGAUCUCUGUCACAAAUCGCGAAAAUAUUAUCUAUCUUGUCGAAAAUCUUACAAAUCUUUAUUCAUUAGAUGUGGUAUGUAAAGAUGACGAGUAUUGGAAGACUUUAGUAGGCGAGAAGAAUGAUGAUGAACUUGUUCAAUGGUUAAAAGAUCGUCUACCAUCAACAAAUUUGAUCACACGAUAUCCUAACUUCGGUCGUGUUAUUCGAAUAUGGAUUUGA